AUGUCUAUGAAUCUGAUUCCCCAUUACUCAAUCCCUUUGAUCUAUUACUCAUUUGAGUCAUUCCAAAACAAAACCUUAAUUUCCUCAGUCCAAAAUCGUACCAGAGCAACGCUCAACAAAGAUCAAAAUGUUGGCAACCACCAAGCUGCACUAAAACUCGACAGAAGAAAUGUGCUUCUGGGUUUGGGAGGUUUAACCUUGGUUAAUCAUCCAAACCCUGCACGCGCGGCCGAGUCUAAGAAGCUGGUUCGGCUCACUGAGUUCCCGACAGCUUUAGACUCGGUGAUCAGUGUGAUGGUGCCGAGGCCGAGGAGGUCGAGGAGCAAGAAGGAAAAAGAAGAGGAAGAGGAGGUGCUGUCGAUCGAAGGCAUCGAAUUUGUGGCGGAUAAGCCUGUCAAGUUCGAUGUGCAUGUGAACGAUGACGAGGAUGAUCUGAGUCGACCCGACGAGUCUCAGUUUGCGGGCAGCUUGGUGUUUCUGCCGCAGAGCAGGAAGAGGGUGAGGACUAGUUUGCACUUGGGGAUAACGGACUUGUUGGAUAAUUUGGGAGCGGACGGUGAUAGUAGUAUUAAGGUGACUUUGGUGCCAAGGUAUGUGCAACGACCUAUUACCAUUGGGAGGAUCAAGAUCGAGUAUUUCGGUGCCUAG